UUUAUUGCAGAAUGGAUUCAAUCGUUUCUGUCGUUGGAUCCUACAUUGACUGGGAUGUCAAAAGUCUGCUGCUCUUCACUGCAAUUUUCAUCCUCACUGCAGAUUAUAUUAGGAGCCGUCGGCCGCACAGCUUCCCUCCAGGACCUCGGGUAUUUCCUAUUGUGGGCAACAUAUUCACUGUGGAUUACAACAGGACCCAUCAGAGUAUGACACAGUUAGCAGGGAAAUAUGGAGACGUGUACAGCCUGCGAAUGGGCCAAGAAUGGAUGGUGGUGUUAAAUGGCUUUGAGGCUGUGAAAGAAGCACUGGUAAAUCAGGGAGACAGCGUGGUGGACCGUCCAUACCUCCCUCUGCAGUGGGACGUGGGUCUAGGUAUAGUGUUCAGCAAUGGGAGCACAUGGAUGCAGCAGAGGCGUUUUGCACUUUCAACCCUCAAAUAUUUUGGAUUAGGCAAGAAGUCACUUGAACCUGUCAUCUUGGAUGAAUUUACAUAUUGUGCAAAAGACCUUAUCAGCUAUAAAGGUAAACCAUUUGAUCCCCAACACAUCAUCAACAAGGCUGUCUCCAACAUCAUCUGCUCCCUGGUUUUUGGUCUUCGCUUUGAGUAUGGUGAUGAGAAGUUUGUGAAUCUGAUUAAAUGGUUUGGCAAAGCUCUCCAGCUUCAAGCCUCCAUCUGGGCACAGCUUCACAACUCAUUCCCUCUGCUGAUGAGACGUUUGCCAGGGCCACAUCAGACAGUCCUGCACAUCUGGAACAAUGUGAAGGACUUCAUAAGAGUACAGAUUAAGGAGCACAGACAGAACUGGGAUCCCUCAGACCAAAGAGACUUCAUUGACUGCUACCUGAAAGAGAUUGAGAUGAAUAAGGAGCAGGCUGACAGCACUUUUGAUGAGGCAAUCCUGGUUUAUUGUCUCUUGGACCUGUUUGUGGCUGGCUCUGAGACCACAGCCACCACCCUGCGCUGGGCUUUCCUCUACAUGGCAAAGUACCCUGAGAUACAGGCAAAGGUCCAGGCUGAGAUAGACAGAGUGAUUGGACAGUCCAGAGAGCCGUCCAUGGAGGAUCGUGUAAACCUGCCCUACACUGAUGCUGUACUCCAUGAGGUCCAGAGGAUGGGCAACAUAGCUCCUCUCAGCCUGCCUCAUGCUACCAACAGGGACAUCCAGCUGGGUGGAUACACAAUCCCAAAGGGAGUUAUAAUAAUCCCCAAUCUGACCUCGGUGCUGUUCGACAAGAAAGAGUGGAAGACGCCCAACACCUUCAACCCAGGACACUUUCUGAACGAGGAGGGCAAGUUUGUGAAGCGAGCUGCUUUCAUCCCUUUCUCUGCUGGUAAGCGGGUGUGUCUCGGAGAGAACCUGGCCAGGAUGGAGCUUUUCCUCUUCUUCACCUCCUUUAUGCAGCACUUCACCUUCUCCAUGCCUGCUGGGGUGAAGCCUGUGAUGGACUAUUGCUUUGGUGUGACUCUGGCACCAUGUCCAUAUGAAAUUUGCGCAAUCUCACGCUAAGAGUAGCUCUGACAUGACAAAUACUCACUUUGACAGCGUCAGGUGAAUAUAUCAAACUGAUAUCUGCCUUCAAUUAUAGAUCACACUGUGUUUAAGGCAAGUUAAGCUUAGUCUGGCUCAAUUGUUUAAUUUUUUUUUUUAAAUCAUUUCUCAUUUUUUCAAAGUUGACAUGAGUCAUGUUGUCGCUCCUUGUUGAUUUCUGUUUUCUGUGAUAUACUUCAAAAAUGCAGUUGAUGUUGCAAUCUGGAUUUGUACCACUCGUCUAAGGGCAUGUUGAGGUCAUUAUCUACAGAACAUAACUUUUUAUUUUAUAUCAUCUAUAAGACCCUGCCUCUCGCCCGAUGUCAGCUGGGACAGGCUCCAGCCCCCCCGCGACCCUCAAGAGGAGGGGCGGCACGGUGGUGUGGUGGUUAGCACUCUCGCCUCACAGCAAGAGGGUUGCCGGUUCGAUCCCGGGCGUGGGAUCCCUUCUGUGCAGAGUUUGCAUGUUCUCCCUGUGUCAGCGUGGGUUCUCUCUCCGGGCACUCCGGCUUCCUCCCACAGUCCAAAGACAUGCAGAUUGGGGACUAGGUUAAUUGGUGACUCUAAAUUGUCCAUAGGUGUGAAUGUGAGCGUGAAUGGUUGUUUGUCUCUAUGUGUCAGCCCUCUGAUAGUCUGGCGACCUGUCCAGGGUGUACCCUGCCUCUCGCCCGAUGUAGCUGGGAUAGGCUCCAGCCCCCCCGCGACCCUCAAGAGGAUGAAGUGGUUAGAAGAUGAAUGAAUGAAUCAUCUAUAAGACUCAUAAAAGGUAUACUAUGCAGGGUACUAACGAACAAUGUAUAGACUCAUACAUAGUCUGGGCAUCUGAGAAGUUAAAUUUUUCUUUGUUGGAACUGCUAACAACUCAUUGACAUCUGAAAUGGUGUCUCAACUAGACACUGCUUUUUGCAAGCAGCCAAAAGCCCAAAACAUUGGUAGCUAUUGAUUGAAUCUAAACCGCUUUAUAUUUCAUAGGCUUGUAUCUUAAUGUGUAAACCAGCUACUAUUAGAAUAAACCAUUCAACAGUAUGUCGGAGAAGAUUCUCAGUCAUCCAGGUCAUGGUAAUCGUAAGUGCUAAUAUCGUAGGCAGCUGGACUUGCUUGCAUUUCUUGAAGACCUUUCACCUCUAGUAUCUUAAACAACUACAACUGUUAAAUGAUAUUUGCAGUUUAAUUCAACAAUAAUAACAAUCCUACAAUAAAAUACACUAACACCCACAAGGGCCUCUUUUUUGCAUUUGUUCCAAUCAGAAUAUUAACUUGUAUUUGAGUAUCUUUACAUUGCAGUAUUGCUGCUCUUAUUUAAAAAUGUUAUAGGAUAGAGGAUGUAGGAAUGAACUCUCAAAAAAACAGUCACACCAACCUAAUUUGGUUAGAUACAAUUUCAUAGAAUUUUGUGUGGUAAAAAAAGGACAUUACAACAAUCCACACAUGGCCAGAUUCAGUUAUUUUCACCUUUGGAUUUUUGAAGUGUUCAAUCAAUCAAUCAAUCAAUCAAUCAAUCAAUCAAUUAAUUUUAUUUAUACAGCCCAGUAUCACAAAUCACAAUUUGCCUCAGGGGGCUUUACAGCACAUCCCUCUGUCCUUAGAACCCUCGCAGCGGAUAAGGACCCCCCCCCCAAAAAAAAAAACCUUUAACGAGGGAAAAAAACGGUAGAAACCUCAGGAAGAGCAACUGAGGAGUGAUCCCUCUUCCAGGCCGGACAGACGUGCAAUAGAUGUCAUACAGAACACCACUUUUGAUGGUGACAGACUCUGGCACUGAUACAAAGAUUUUUGACUGCUCCUUUGCCACCUAGCUGGGAAUUCACAGGGAGCCCUUGGCCAAGUCUAUUAAAGCAAAUGCCCUUGAUAGUCAUCUCCAAUGCUCAGUCACCCACCGAUCGGUCCCCAUCUGGAUUGGAAUGUCAGGUAAUCCCAAAGAAAGAAUCCCUUUUCACCUGAUAAAAGCACUGCUUGUUGUGGGCUGGGCCGAGUCAAAGUCCAGGGCUGUUUUUUAGUCCCGGUCCGCCCCUGUCACUGCCUCUUAAAUACUCGUAUGACUGCAGCAUCAACCUUCUCCCUGGUUCUCCUCCUCCAAAUGGUCAAUUCGUUGACCUGUCCACUCCGGAGACCAAGGCCAUGGAAAAUUACCCAAACAAGUUUAGCUUCAAUUAUGCUUUUGUGUAUGUAGAUGACAUUCUCAUUUUUUUCAAAGUCUAAGUACCAUUCAGCUCAAAUAAAUCCUGCCUCCAUUCUGCCACCAGUUCCUUCCCUAACUGUCUUUUUGUGUCAGCUAACUUAAGCUCCUAGUUUUUCCGCUUGGGGACACUUGGUUGGCCUGUCAAGAGGGCGAAUCUGGGAGUAGUUCUGAUUGCCCCAAAGUCAGUGUGAAGAGAGGCAGAGUUCAGGUAUGUGGAGUAGAGGAGGACUGGCCCUCUAAAGUCACCACCAGAGGGGGCCUUUUUGGCAGUCUUCUCAUUGAUAUUAACAGCUGCACCACACAUUUCAUGUGCUGGAGCAGUGUUUGCCAGGUACAAACCACACUCUUCAAAAAAAUUAUGAUGGAAUGAUGGACUUGAUGAAAAAAGGAAUCAAUCAGCAGAAGGAUGACUGUGACCCCUCUGAGCCCAGAGACCUCAUUAACCAUCUGAGAUUCAGAGGGUGGGUGGACAAACUAUAAGCACAUGAAUCAGAGUCUGUUUUGAUGAACAAUUAAAGUACCAAACAUUU